AAUGGUGUGUGCUCUAGCAGUGACAUUCCUGGGAUCUAGUACAAGCUCCAGAAGGCAAGCAGGUUCUAGGGGUUAGAUCAGGGUCAGGGAGUCAGGAUGUCUAGCCUCUAUUCCUGGAUCUGAGAGGGAAAUGGGAUCUAAUGGUUAGAGAGGAUUAGUGGAAAGAAAUUCUAGACUCCUGGUUCUGCCAGUGACCAAGCUGAAAUAUGCAAAUUCUUUUAUCAUAACUCCUUUUUCCUUGUUUAUAGACCAUUCUACUCUCUGCUGCAGACAAGUGAAGAUGUGGUCAUGGAGAAUCAAUCCACGCCAACAGAAUUCAUCCUUCUUGGAUUUCAAAAUAUUCAGGGGUUACGUUUCCUACUGUCUUGGGUUAUCUCCAUCAUCUACAUCUUCACCAUCUUGGGGAACAUUCUCAUCAUCUUCCUCUCCUUGGUGGAACCACGUCUCCAAACCCCAAUGUACUUCUUCCUGGGAAACCUCUCCCUCCUAGACGUCUGCCAGACCACCACCACCGUGCCCCAAAUGCUGGUGCACCUCCUCUCAGGCAGGAGCAGUAUCUCCUAUGCAAGGUGUGCAGCACAACUCUACUUCUUCCUCUUUUUUGUGGGUGCAGAGUGCAUCUUGCUGGCCACCAUGGCGUACGACCGCUACAUGGCCAUAUGCAAACCCCUGCGCUACACACUGCUCAUGAACAGGAAGUUUUGUGUUCUGCUGGUUUCAGUCUCCUGGCUUAGUGGUGCACUCAAUGCAGCCUUGCACACAUUCCUCACCAUCCACCUGCCCUUCUGUGAGGCCAACAGGGUCAACUACUUCUACUGUGAUAUCCCACCCCUGCUAUCUCUUUCCUGUGGAGACAUCUCAUUCAAUGUCACCAUGAUACUGGUAUCCAGCAUCUUCUUGGGGUGGAGCCCCACCCUGUGCAUUGGACUUUCAUAUGGAUACAUUGUUUCAAGGAUACUGAAGAUACAUUCCCCUGAGGGGAGGAGCAAGGCCUUCUCCACCUGUGUGUCACAUCUCACUGCAGUCCUGCUCUACUAUGGGAGUAGCAUCUUCACCUAUGUCAGACCCCUCUCUAGCUACUCAUUGGAUAAUGACAAGUUAAUCUCCCUGUUGUACAACAUCGUCACCCCCAUGUUAAACCCAUUGAUCUAUACUCUGAGGAACAAGGAUGUGAAGAGAGCCCUGAAAAAGGUCCUUGUGAGGAAAAUGUUCUUCUAAGAGAAUCAACAAUACUGGCAUUGGUAUCUAUUUCCAUGAAUGGGAUGUAGUAAGUUAGAACAUAUGGGUUCUGGGAGUCAGGACUCAUGGGUUCUUUUCUGCUUUCUGGGAAGGGAGUGGGUUUUAGUGGUUAGAAAGGGGGAUGCUGGGAGUCAGGAUCCUAGUUUACAUUUGAUGAGUCUUGGAGGGGAAUGGGUCUAGGGGUUGGAGCAGCAGAGUUGAAGCCCCAGGACUGUUGCAAAGAGCUUUCAUAUCUAUGGAUGAAAGCUUUUAUAGGGGUUCUAAAUGUUAUUAUUAAAUAUGGAAGUCAAUCACUAGGAAAGUUUGAGAAAAGAUCCAUCAAUAGAACAUUACAAUUAAACUGAACCUUAAUUUAUAAACAUAAUGUUAGUUGCUGUGUGGCCUUGAAUGUGUUUCACAUAUUUAUGAAAGAUGUGGACAAAUUGGAGAGAGUCCAAAUGAGAGUAACACAAAUGAUAAAAGGUAUAGCACCUAUGUGGAAAGGUGAAAAAAGGUGAAAAAAGGUGGCCAUGUUUAGUCUUGAAAAAAAAAAGACCGAGUGGGGACCAGAUAACAGGCUUUAAAUAUGUUAACGGCUCAUCAAAAGAUGAGAGGGAUCAAUUGUUCUUCAUUCCCACUGAAGGUAGGAGAAGCAGCAAUGGGCUUAAUCUGCA